AUUUUGUCUCAGUCUGUCUUUCUUUGGCUGGGCGGCGGGUAGUGGCUUCGAGGCCGUUCCGUUAUUUUUUUUUAAUUGUCUUUUAAAUUAAACCUUAUAUAGAGCCGGUCUGAAGGGCGGCUCCGUAGAUGGCCAGCUUUCCCCCGAGUGUUAACGAGAAGCUCAUUGGAAGAUCACGGACAGUGGGAGAACUUUUAGCUCCGCCGUCUCCUUUCGACAAGAAGUGUGGCCGGGAAAACUGGACUGUUGCCUUUGCUCCCGAUGGGUCCUAUUUCGCUUGGUCGCAAGGCCACCGCAUAGUCAAACUCAUACCCUGGUCUCUGUGCCUUAAUAACUUUUCAUUGCAUGGCGUAAAGAACUUCGCCAACUUGAGCCAUUCCAAACUCUCAAGGCAAAACAGUGACGAUGACCCAAAAAGCAAACCCCGUGAGCAUGUCAUAGACUGCGGUGACAUUGUCUGGAGCUUAGCAUUUGGAUCGUCAGUUCCUGAAAAACAGAGCCGUUGUGUCAAUAUAGAAUGGCACCGGUUCAAAUUUGGCCAGGAUCAGCUUUUGCUGGCGACAGGCUUAUCGAAUGGGCGAAUCAAAAUAUGGGAUGCCUAUACAGGAAAACUCCUCCUUAACUUAAUGGACCAUACCGAAGUUGUCCGAGACUUAACUUUUGCCCCCGAUGGCAGCCUGAUACUCGUAUCUGCUUCAAGAGACAAAACACUACGCGUGUGGGACCUAAAGGAUGAUGGAAACAUGAUAAAAGUAUUAAGAGGGCACCCAAACUGGGUAUAUAGCUGUGCGUUUUCUCCAGAUUCUUCCAUUCUCUGUUCAGUCGGGACCAAUAAAACAGUGUUGCUUUGGGAUAUGGAUAAAUACUCCCUCAUCCGAAAACUGGAAGGGCACCACAAUGAUGUUGUAGCCUGUGAGUUUUCCCCUGACGGAGCUUUGCUGGCUACAGCAUCGCAUGAUACCCGAGUUUGUGUCUGGGACCCGUAUAUUGGAACCAUCCUGAUGGAAUUUGGGCAUCUGUUCCCUCCUCCUACUCCAAUAUUUGCUGGUGGAGCGAAUGACCGAUGGGUCAGAUCGGUAUCUUUCAGUCAUGACGGGCUUCACAUUGCAACGCUUGCAGAUGAUAAAAUGGUGCGGUUCUGGCGAAUCGAUGAAGACUAUCCUGUACAGGUUGCACCUUUAAGCAAUGGGCUUUGUUGUGCCUUUUCUACUGACGGCAGUGUUUUAGCUGCUGGAACACAGGAUGGGAGUGUGUGCUUCUGGGCCACACCCAAGCACGUUCCUACCCUGCAGCAUUUGUGCCGCAUGGCAAUCCGGCGCGUGAUGCCAACCAACCGGGUGGCGAAUUUGCCAGUACCUCCCACAAUCGUGGCUUUCCUUUCCUACAGGAAUUAGGAGUAGGGGGGGAAUAUCUCUGAAGGGGAAAGAUCCAUCCAACACAGUGGGGGAAAAAAAAGGAGAAUGUCAAGCUUUAAAAAUAAAAUCCUUGGAUCUGAAGAGCUGAGUAGGUUUUGAAAUCAGUGUGGAUGUAUUUCUUUAAACACACAUAAAAAAAAGGAUUCUCAAGGCUUGAACCCUGUAAGAGGCUUUAAUAUUUAUAGAAAAGUAGAUAUAUUGAAGUUGUCAGACAGUUUUCAAAAAAAAAUCUUAACUGUGAACAUUUGUACAUAAGUAGAAAUAAGCUGCUAUGUGAUAUCCAUGUAUCUUUUGUGAUGGCUUUUUUAAAAUAUGGUAUCUAAUGUGUGCUUUUCUCUGUGUGUAUGUGUAAGUGUAUAUACACACACAAUACAAAAGCCUUGGUUUGCCGUUGUUUACCGAUCUCUCCAUCCCAAACACAAGAACUGCCAUUCUGCUUUGCAUUAUAAAUACGUGUGUGUAUAUAUGUGCAUAUAUUAAAUGUGUGUGUAUACACACACACAUAUUGUCCCUGGACAAUGCUUGUAUUGGUGCUGUAUAAAAGUAGAAUGAACAGUAACAGUGUUUGUAGCCCAGAGAUAAGUAACAACAGAUCUUAAGCAGUUUUUGUACCAUUCCUUUCUUAGGCUUGGUUCCCAGACGCUGCAUUGUAUUUAUUUUGUAUAGGUGGGAAAAGUGAAUUUUCUCAAGGCAUGUAGGGAAGGAAGAACAGAAGAGAACUUGGCAGGCUGAUUUAGCAGGCACGUAAUCUUCAGGGAGGCCUUAAUAUAUAUAUAUUUUUAAACACAAUCAGAGGUUAACUACUUUGGGUUAGAUACAGACCUUAAACGUUUUGAAAUUCAGCUAUUGUGUAACUGCCCAACAACUUCUUUCUUGCGAAGGGCUCAUGGGCAGAAGAUGUUCUGUAACCCUGGGUGUAAUUUCAGAUAGUUGUCCUUGGGAAACUACCAAAGAUAAGCAACAGGGUUUUUUUGUUUUUGUUUUAACCCCUCUCUGCUUUUGCCUUCUGUUUAUUUGGACCUGCAGAUGCAAAGAAUGUACCGUAUAAAAAUGCCUAACUAUAUACUGUAUACACUUUGUUUGAAUAUUUUUAUAUAUAUUAAAGAAUUGUACAGAAAA